CUAGUCGACAGAUAAAGUGAAUGGAGCUGAACGGUGGGGGAAAAGUAGUUUGUGUCACCGGAGCUUCCGGUUACAUAGCGUCUUGGAUUGUGAAGCUUUUGCUCCUCCGUGGCUACACCGUCAAGGCUACUGUUCGUGACCCAAAAGAUCAAAAGAAAACAGAUCAUCUUCUUGCACUUGAUGGCGCAAGAGAAAGACUUCAACUAUUCAAAGCAAAUCUUUUAGAAGAAGGUUCUUUCGAGCAAGCUAUUGAUGGAUGUGUGGCUGUGUUCCACACCGCGUCACCCGUUAAAAUCACUGCCACUGAUCCUCAGGCUGAGCUGAUUGAACCAGCAGUCAAGGGAACUAUUAACGUCCUAAAAACAUGCACUAAAAUGUCUUCUGUCAAAAGGGUCAUUUUAACGUCGUCAAUGGCCACACUUCUUUCUCCUAAGUUCCCUUUAGGACCAAACGUGUUACUAGAUGAAACAACCUUCUCUGAUCCAAGUGUUUGCGAGAAGGAAAAGCAAUGGUAUAUACUCUCCAAGACUUUGGCAGAAUCUGCGGCAUGGCAGUUUGCCAAGGACAACAACUUGGACUUGAUCGUAAUGAAUCCAGGACUCGUUAUUGGACCUAUCCUACAACCAACUAUUAAUUUCUCAGUAGAUGUGGUUGUAGAUUUUAUAAAAGGUAAGAACACUUUAAAUAGGAGGUAUCAUAGACUUGUGGACGUGAGGGAUGUUGCUCUAGCUCAUGUCAUGGCACUCGAGACUCCUUCGGCCAAUGGCAGAUACAUCCUUGAUGCUCCGAUUGUGACAACGGAGGACAUUGAAAAAACUCUACGUGAAUUCUUUCCUGAUUUGUGUAUUACUCAUGAGAAUGAAGACAUUGAUUUGAAAUCAAUGACUUACAAAGUGAAUGUAGAAAAGGUGAAGAGUUUGGGAAUUGAGUUCACUCCUACAGAAACAAGCCUUAGAGACACUGUUCUUAGUCUCAAGAAGAAAUCUCUCGUGUGAUCCCCGUUUGUUAUUUUUAUUACUUACUGUUAACUAAAUUCACUAUGUGGAUAUAUGCUUCUGUGUUUGUUUUUAUUUACAAUCAUAUAAACUUCUUCUUUUUAUCAGACUAAAUGUUUAAUAAAAUCUAAAAAUAUUCAACUGAAGCAUGGGUUCAUAAACAAAAAGAAUAUCUUGAACCAAUUGUUAGUUCCAAGAACUCCUACACAUAGUCACAAAAAAUAAAGGAGAUCACUUGCAUAAAAAUCCUAGCUUGAAGCUUAAGACGAACUGCUUCAAAAUUAUCAAUAAAAUUGUCUUGUCUUUCAGACAAGACAUCAAUGUUCCUGCUUAACUCUAUCCAACUGAACCAAAGUGUUCUGUUUCUUGACCUGAACCGAAUUAGUGGAAGCAUGACUCACGUUUGGUUUCUGAUCUCGAUCAAGCUUAGCCUUCUCAUCAAGCUUAAGAACAUCCACGAGCGCCUCACGUGCCCUCAUUUUCGCCACGGCCGCCUCUCUCCCUCUCCUCUCAGCUUCGCAUUUAGCAAAGUUCACCGCUUUGCUCAUCGAAGCCGCGGAGAUCUUCGCGGCGCAUAGAAACACUUCCGAGAGAGAUUUAUCGACGCAGCGAACACCGUUUGCGUCGAUGAUUGGGCGGAAGAAGGAGAAGGAGUCAGGGUCACGGCAAGGAGGACAUCGGUAGGGAGGGGAUACUGCCUCCCCUCCGGCGCAGUGGAUGUGUGUGUGGGAGCCGCAGUCGGAGCAGGAGACGCGGCGAGAGUGGUGCGGAGGGGAGGAGUCGUAGAAGGAGAAGCAGGUGGGGCAAAACGACGCCGGGUGUUUGCGGAGGAGGCAGUGUGUGCAGAAGAAGGUGAAGAUGGAGCGGUAACGUGCGGGGUGUAUGAUCCACGAGUCUUGGCUGCGGCAAUUCUCGCAUAUCUCUGGGGGAUUCGACGUCGUAUUGGCUGAAUUGGAAGUUGAUGACGGGAGAUUCAUUGUGUGUUGUCUGUC